AAGCCAAGUUCCAAAGUCCCAUGAACAAGAUAAUAGUACUAAUGCGUUGUCUUCAGAAUCUCCCCGCUGUAGUCGAUCGUACAACAACUUCCAUCAUGUUUCCCCGGAUCGAAAAUACUGGUUUCCAUUUAGCGAUGCAUGCUGGCAGCAUCGUUCUUGCAAUCAUCACUCAGAUAAUCUCAGAAGUCUUUUUUUACCUGGCGAAGGAAGACAAAGUGCCCAAUGCUGUUUUUCAGACUUCAUCCUGGAAUGUGUCCAAGACUUUCUCCCUAGAGUUGACGAUGGACUCGUGGUCUGAGAACUUCUGGAUCUGGAUUGAUCUGUGGUCUAAAAUGUGGCUUGUUUAUGCAGCUGUGAGCCUCUUCAGAAGAAAUGUACUCGGCCCCCAGUCGUGCAAUCCUGAAAUCCACCCUCCCAAAUUCUUUCUGAUGUGGACUAUCAUAAAUAUUACAAGAGUGUGUAGCAUGCCUAUGUGGGAUAGACACUAUAUCCUACCAGCAGUGUUGUCUAGGUGGAUUUUACCACUUCACAGCUUCUACAUGCUUUUCCUUUCCUACUCCAACCUGAACAAGCAUAAAGCCUGGCUGGCAAUCAACAACCCUGGUGUGAUUCCAUGGACACGUUAUCUGACACAGAAUGGAUUAGCUGUGUUUGCCUGGUGGUCUCUCUUUCAUUCUGUGGUGGGCUUUGGCAUAGUGCUUAAAUAUUAUGCCGGUGUGCAGGACCGAGUGGCCAGUGCCACUGUCCUUUUCAUCAUCUCCGUGUUCAUUAUUACAUGGUUCAUCCUUCAGAACUUCUUCUUGGUCAAGUACAUGUGGCAUACAUUCAGCAUUUAUGCCAUCCUCAUUCUGGGACUGGGUGCAAUGUUCACCAGCAGCUACUCUGUCCAGAAUUUUUCCAUAAACACCGCCUUCUGUGGAGUCCUUAUGCUUCUGAUAACCAUCAUGAGCUUCAUCCAUUUGAUCUCUGCAUGUCUGGAGAAGUCCCACAAGCCUGUUGCUGCAGAGCUGAGACUUGCAGGCUGUGAGACCGUGUGCAAACCAGAAGGGAAUAUUAAAGCCAAACUAGAGAACUGAGUUGAAUUGCAAAAAAAAGAGACCAUCAUUUGAUAAAUAGAUUUAUUUAAAACAACACAAUAAUUAAUUCCGUUGUGUCUGAACAAACCUUGUGUACUGACCUCAUUCGCUGAAAAUUUUUAAGUGUGUGGUAUACAUCAUUCACCAAAAGGUGGCAGCAAACGCUUAGAUUAAAGUUGAGAAAUUUAAACUGGAGCUGCACCAGGAGAUGGCACAAUGAUGCAAGCCUUGCAUUUAACAUGCAUAAGGAAAAACUGUUUUUAAAUUAAAAGAAUCAAUACUGGCCUUCUACAGAUGUUAAUUUUAUUAACCUCUGUGGCUUGAAUUGUGCUGCAUUGUAAACUCUCAAAAUAAACGAAGAGUAAAGCUUAAAA